UGCGCUGCCCUAAUGAAAGCCCCGUGUGUGCAAAACAAAAUAAGUAGAAGUGCAUCGGUUGCGAGGUGGUGGCGGGGGGUGCAUGCCUUUAGCGAACAGUCAGUCCCGGAGGAUCCACCGCGAAAAAGUUGCUCGAUGAAUGGAUCAGCAGCAGAUGAAGAAGACAACUGCUGAUCGGCCUCCCUAAGCUAUCAUAGGGAGCUCCGACCGGCGCGGCGGCGGCACCAUGAAGGAAAUGGUGGGCGGCUGCUGCGUCUGCUCCGACGAGCGCGGCUGGGCAGAGAAUCCACUGGUGUACUGCGAUGGCCAGGGCUGCACCGUGGCCGUCCACCAAGCCUGCUAUGGAAUUGUGCAAGUGCCCACUGGGCCUUGGUUCUGCCGGAAGUGCGAGUCUCAGGAAAGAUGUGCUCGAGUUCGGUGUGAGCUUUGUCCAUCCAGGGAUGGAGCACUCAAGAGAACUGACAACGGCGGCUGGGCACAUGUUGUCUGUGCACUGUACAUCCCGGAAGUGCGCUUUGGCAACGUGACCACCAUGGAGCCCAUUGUGCUGCAGCUGGUUCCGCAGGACCGCUUCAGCAAGAGUUGCUUCAUCUGUGAGCAGCACCACCAAGAGAGCAAGGCGUCCAUUGGGGCAUGCAUGCAGUGCAAUAAGUCUGGGUGCAAACAGUACUUCCACGUCACAUGUGCGCAGGCAGCGGGUCUCCUCUGUGAGGAAGCUGGGAACUACAUGGACAAUGUCAAGUACUGCGGGUACUGUCCCUACCACUACCAGAAAGUGGUUAGUACGAAACGGGACAACAACAUCAAGAUCAUCCCAGCCUUCAAGCCUAUACCGGCUGAGUGCGAUUCACGUGAGGAUAGCCCCGAGCGCAAGCCCGCUCGAGCACGCAUGAAGGGGGGCAGAAGUAUGAGCGGGGAGCGGCGUGGAUGCAGUCGGCCGCCGUGCAAUGGCCAGGUGUCCUCAGACGGUGGUGCCAGCAGCGAUGCCACAGAGCCACGAAAUGGAGCCACGUCUGGGGGGUCGUCGCCCUCUCCAAGCACGGGCACGCCCAGUACUCCACUGCCACAGCUACAAGGCAAAUUCACGACAGCAAACUUCACGGAGGCGACGGUGGUACAGACGGGCAGUCCGGUGUUUGGGGAGCGGCAGCGCAAGCGGGGUCGCCCGCUGGGCAGCACCAAGGAGGCCAAAGCCCAGCAGGCCGCACAGCAAGCCGCAGCCGCAGCACAAGCGGCACAACAGAUUGCAGCUGCCCAGCAAGCAGCAGCUGCUCAACAGCAGCAGUCACAGCCAGCUCAACAGCAGCAGCAGUCGCCACAGCAACAGCUACCUGUGCCUCUGCUGCAGGCCAAGACAGAACCGCUCUCUCCCCCGCCAUCAUCACUGUCCAGCACCAACCCAACUCCCAGCUUCAGUAGUAUCUACGAAAACCUAGUGGGCAGCAGUCGCCAUGGCGAGAAGAGGCCAAAGGCCAAGCGGCCCUCUCCAUCCCAGGGUGGCAGCAGCAGGGCAUCGCCGUCGAGCAGUGGAGAGCGUGAGACCGCCAAAAAUGGCAGCGCGGGUGGCAGCAACAAGCGCAGCGCCGCCGGGUCGGCCGGCCCAAGGCUUCGCAAGAAGGUUCCUCCCAUGCUGUCGCCGUCUGCCCAAACGGCGGCCGCCGGCGGAGCCAUCAACGGCCUGCCCCCGGUGAUGGGAAGUGGCGAUAUUGACCAUACAUAUUACCGUCUGUCCCACAGGGAGCUGAGCCCGGGUGGGGAAGAAGGCAGCCGUCCUGCAUCAGUUGAUUCCGUGCUUACGCAGCCUACGCGCCUCGAGUCUGACGAUGCCACUUUGGAGUCGAGUAAUAUUCAAGGCAAGAUGCUGCAGCCAUCUGAGGACCAUGAGGACAAAAGCGGGCGAGUGUCAUCAGCUAUGCCUCCAGAAGGCUGGGCAUCGGCGUGUCAAGUGGGACCACCCCGCGUCAGCUUGCCUCGGAGUCCCGCAUGGCCCGAAUCGGCUGCUGUACCAAGCUUGAUUCCGCAGACCCUGGAGCAGCUGCUUGAACGUCAGUGGGACCAGGGCUCUGGCUUUCUCAUGAGGCAGGCCCAGCACUUUGACAUUGCAUCAUUGCUGUCAUGUCUGCAUCAACUGCGCUCGGAGAACAUGGAGUUGGAGUCUCGAAUCAGUGGCCUGCAAGCACGCCGGGACCAACUGCUGGCUGUCAGCGCACGACUGAUGGGCCCUCUUCGAGAAGCGCCCAUGUCCAACUCUUCCAUGCCUCUCGCGUCCCAUGCUUCUGCUGCAGAAGCCAAUGCGGCAGGCAGCCAUGAGCAUCGGCACGAGGGCAAACUUGCCCACAUCUUCUGCGGGCUCUUCUAUGGACAAGCACCCUGGUGUGCCACUUGGCUUCCCUCUUGGCUUUCCCUCCUCGGCCCAGCCAGCCACCGACCACCAACCACACCAGGGGAACGAGUUGAGUGCAACAUCACAGCAUGGCUUCCCUGGCCGGCCAGCGAUGGGGCACCCUGAAGGAGUUCCCUCCGCCGAGAACUCAUCGCAUCGAGGCUCCACUCUGUCAACCUCUCACCAGUCGAGCAAUAGCUAGGAGCCACCAGCACGAAUAACCUCAGCGCUGUCUGUACAGGAUACAUUUUCAUGAUGUUGCGCAUCAAGGAAGCAUUGUCAAUUGUUCUGACUUGGGACAGGCCCUGCCCACCCCCGUGAAAUUAGGGCAGGCUUUGUAGCCGAACAGACUGCAGGGAAAGUCAUUGAUAAUAUAAUUUUAUUGUUUUAUACUUCAUUGCUACUCAGAGAUUAGCCACAUGUUUUCUCUUCCAACCCAACCCUUCCCAGGUCGGGGUAUCUGCAUUUGAUCUCUACACUUGGUAGAGACGGUUUUACGUGUCUUUUACUCGCAAUAUCGUCUCCCUCUGUCAAAACAAAGGAACAGAUCGUCAUGUGGCAAAGGACGAGCGCAGCUCCGUACGAGUGUUUGCCUCGUGCACCUCAGCAUACCUCGGCUUCUUCCCUUGCCCAUUUUUUCACUGUUGUGUUCAGUACAGAGUCAGUGUUAAUGUCUUGGCAGCUGCUGUCAUAUUGGUCACGUGUUUCGGUUCAUGCGUGCCAGCAGUCGAAGGCACAAAAAUUCAUCACACACGGCUAAUGCUACACAAAACAAAGCAACUUUCCCAGAGGAGACGAUCUUUCAUUUUAAUUAUUGCUAUGUCUUGUAAAUUUGUAUAUUUACUUGUGAAGUGAAGGUCUUGCUCCUAUUAACUUGUGGCAUGCCACCGAGUGAGCAGGAACUUUACAGCCACUGGUGUUAGCUGCGAGGUAGAUGCAGGCGUUCCCUGGCACAACCUGUACUAGUGCCGUUCGACCCGACAAACACACCAGUCCUCUGUGUUCCUCAGUUAACUGAGUUGCUGUCUGGUGUUUUAUGCUCGCCUUUGAAGUAACCCGUCAUCUAGUUGCCUGGCCUUCCUUCAUUUGGGCAGUUCAGCCAGGUCCCUUUAUCAAAACUCUCUCUUUUUUGGCAGAUGUCCUCCAAUGAUGCCAUUACACUGUACAAAAGUUCAUGUUCAAGUUGUUUUUGUUUGUGUGACCUGUACAAAAAGGACAAUGAAUCGCGUUGAGAUCUUUUAAGUAGCAUAAGUGUUCAUUUCUGUUAAUUUUGACAAUAUGUGUUGUUUGUGCAGUAUUUUUUUUCUUCGUACUGCAUGUCUUGUAAAUAGUAAAUAAACGUCUGCAUUUUUA